CCAGAGGCUGCUGACUCCCCGGGGGGUUGUGGACCCCGCUUCCAUGUCCCGGGUGGGCACAGCACCCCGGAACCUCCGCGCCCAUGGCCGCUAGCCUGAGGAAGCCCACUUUCAACUCCGGGCCUUCCUCCUCGACGGAGACCGACGACGAGGGCGUGCGCGGCACCUGCGACGACGCGUCCAUCUGCAAGAGGUUUGCAGUGAGCAUUGGCUACUGGGACGACCCUUACAUCCAGCAUCUUGUGAGGCUGUCUAAAGAGAGGAAGGCUCCUGAAAUUAACAGAGGAUAUUUUGCUCGAGUGCAUGGCAUCAGUCAGCUUACAAAGGCAUUUCUACAGAAGACAGAAUGUCACUGUCAAAUUAUAAACCUUGGGGCUGGGAUGGAUACCACCUUCUGGAUAUUAAAGGAUCAAGAUCUUCUCCCAAGUAAAUAUUUUGAAGUCGACUUUCCAAUGAUAGUCACAAGAAAACUGCACAGCAUCAAAUUCAAACCUGUCCUGUCAAAACCCAUCUUAGAGUUACAUUCAGAGGACUCACUUCAAAUCGAUGGACACAUGUUGAAUUCAAAGAGAUAUGCUAUUAUUGGAGCAGAUCUUCGGGAUUUAGCUGAGCUGGAGGAGAAACUAAAGAAAUGUAACAUGAAUACACAGCUGCCAACACUGCUGGUAACUGAGUGUGUGCUGGUCUACAUGACUCCGGAGCAGUCUGCAAACCUACUCAAGUGGGCGGCCAGCAGUUUCGGGACCGCCAUGUUCAUCAACUAUGAGCAGGUGAACAUGGAUGAUCGGUUCGGGCAGAUCAUGAUCGAAAACCUGCGGAGACGACAGUGUGACCUGGCGGGGGCGGAGACCUGCAAGUCCUUAGAUUCACAGAGAGAGCGGCUCCUGUCCAAUGGGUGGGAAACGGCAUCGGCCGUGAACAUGAUGGAAUUGUACAGCAGAUUACCUCAGACUGAGGCCAGCAGGAUCGAGUCCCUGGAGUUCCUGGACGAGUUGGAGCUCCUGGAGCAGCUCAUGCAGCACUACUGCCUGUGCUGGGCGACCCGAGGGGGACGUGAGCUAGGUUUGAUGGAGAUCACUUACUAAUCUGGCCAAGGCUCGUGUGGAACCAGAAGCUGCAGUCGCCACCCUUCCUGGAACUGACACGCAAGUCCCCAGAGUGAUGGCCAGGCCUUGUCUACCGUGCACCUCAAACCCCAGAAGUUGGUCACUGGGGCUGUCGCUGCACUUCCUGCUCCUGUCGACUUACCAUUUAAAUAAAUCUCGGUUGCCAAUGG